CGGUAUUGUACCGCCAUUAUGCUGAUAGAUGAUGAUGGCGGGUACGGUUGGUUGAUUCGUAAUUAAUAACGACAGAACACUUUUCUGGUUUGGUAUAACGUUUAUGGUUUUGUUGUCGGGUGUGGUGUUUGAGCAAUGCUGCUUGUUAUCAUUUAUCGAGAAGAGUUUAAUAUGGCUGUGAUGCUGCCUUCCGUAUCUGGAGACCGUCUCCUCCAUCUGCAAUGCAACACAAGGACGCGCCCUGCCGGAAGACCGGAGGCCCACUUAACAUGGACCCAAACCACUCAGCCCUUGUUAAUUCAGCACUCCACACUGCCGCAACACAAAGGCAAUCCAUUCGAUGUUCUUCUCCAUCACCAUUUAUCGAAUUUCCACAUUACAGACUUGGAGCUGGAUGCUGGAGAAGAAACAAGUGUGUGUACACCGACAUUGAGUGACCGACGGUCUACGAAAGCUGACUUAGCCACAAGCUCGAACACACCUACACCAACAAGCAGGGGGAAGGACUUCUAGCAGCGGGCCCGGCGCA